CGAGCUGCCCAUUCGCACCUUCCGUUUGCUCCCAGCAUGACGACGAAUUAGAACAGCCCUCUGUUUCGUUUCCUCUCCUCGCCUCACCUCCGCCAUGUCCUUCCUCAAUGGCGACCACCUCCGCGUCUCGCGGCCUCGCAUGCCCUCGCCGCAGCCGUCCUUUGCACGCAUGACUGCCGCCAUUAGCAUUCCCUCCUCGCGCGGCAGCCCGGCCAGCAAUGCCUCGCACUUUGGCAAUGGCAGCCUCCAAUCCACGCCCGAAGGCAUGGUGCCUCUCUCGAGCUGCUCCCUCCCCGCCGUGCCCUCCUACACUCUUCCCGAGUCGCUGCUCCCGCCGCCGCCCCUGUCGACACCGCCAACUUCCUCGCCUAACGCCAUGGCAGAGGCCCUGAGCAGGGGGCCAGGCAUUAUACGAAGAGUCAGUCGCGGUGCCCAAGGCAUACCGAGCAAGUUCCGACGCAAUGGGUCGGCUGCCCAGCGCGACAAAAGUUCCGGCCCGGUUAUUAUGCGCAGGCGAAGCGACAGCAAGACCGCUGUCGAAUCCGCUCUCGAGCUGUCCGACCUCGACACCUACCAAUUCGAGGAGGAGGAAGAGGCUGUAGACGACAAUAUUGAGUCCGUCGACGGCCUGGGCAUCUCUACCACCUCCGCCACCUCCAGCCGGCACAGCAUCAGCUCCAUACCCUCGUCGACCGUGGUGGCUCCAAAGCGGAAUUCAAGAUUGGAACAGGGAACCCUGCUCAAGAAGAUCACCAAGAAGGAGAAGAAGGAGAUUAACUUGUGCCUCGACCUGGACUCGGCAAAGGUGUUUUGGGACCCGUCGCGGCCGUCCAAGUCUUUCUACAUUGACGACGUCAAGGAUCUCCGGACGGGAGCCGACGCCAAGCAUUAUCGUGAAGAGCUGGACUAUUCAGAGAACUGGGAACCUUACUGGCUCACUAUCGUCUACUCCGAUACAAGUCGUUCAAAAGGAAAGACAAAAACGAUGCAUCUGAUCGCUCCGGACGUCGGCGUCUUCAACAUGUGGACGCAGACACUCGAAUCCGUGUCUCGGAACCGGAUUGACAUGAUGGCGGGAUUGCUAGGCUUCGCCGAAAAGAGUGCGAAGCUCGUCUGGCAACGCGAAAUGAAGAAGCGCUUCAACGGGCAGGAUCAUCGCGAGGAGGAUGAGUCGAUGGACCUUCCCGGCAUCAUCCAGCUGUGCCGCAGCCUGCAUAUAAACUGUUCGGAACACACUCUCCGUACGUACUUCGACAAGGCCGAUACCGACCGCAAGGGUUAUCUCACCCAAAGCCAAUUUCUCUACUUCGUCAGACGGCUGAAGGAACGGAAGGACAUCAAGCAGAUAUACAAGCAGUUCACGCCUGAGCCGCACUCUGGUAUGGACAUGCAAACGUUCUUCGCAUUCCUUCGGCGAGAACAGGGCGUGGACGUAGACGCGGAUGUGGAGCACUGGACAGCAACUUUCGAGAAGUAUGCACGUGCUAGCACGAGGUCCUCCAAAACAACACCCACCGACGGCGGUGAAAUUCCACUGCCUCUGACUAUGAACUUCCCUGCCUUCCAGACGUACCUCACGUCAGAGGUGAACUCGAUAUUCAAGCCUAACAGCCCUACCUUGCAUCACACUCGACCGCUCAACGAGUAUUACAUCUCGAGCUCACACAAUACCUAUCUGCUUGGCCGCCAGGUGGUCGGCGAGUCUAGCACUGAGGCUUACAUUGCCGCGCUUCAGAAGGGUUGCCGAUGCCUCGAAAUUGACUGCUGGGAUGGUAUCAACGACAAGCCUAUUGUCUCGCACGGGCGCACCUUCACCAAGAGCAUCUUGUUUCGCGACGUGAUCAAGGUCGUCGACAAGUAUGCUUUUGAUGCGACUCCCUAUCCAUUGAUCCUUUCUCUCGAAGUUCACUGCUGCACUGCUCAGCAGCAGGAAAUGGUGAACAUAAUGGGUGAGGAGUUUGGCGACAAGCUGGUGCUUCAGCCGCUCGAUUGGGACUCUAUGAUUCUGCCGUCACCCGAAGAUCUGAAGCACAGGAUCCUAAUCAAGGUCAAAGCUGCGGCCGAGGAGCUGGACGUCAAGGCGCUGGCAAACGAGCUGUCGAACCGCAAGCGUGAACGCAGCUUCAGCUCGCCCUGGUCACGUCCAGUGCAGCUAAAUGACAACUUCAUUCCGAACUCGCCACUCAUCUCCAGUCCUCCUUCAAUGAGCCCGCCGGAGCGUACUACUACCUUCUGGGCGUCACCUCGCACUUCUACUACCUCUACGAACAACACUGCCCUCACGCCCGCUCUCAUAAGUUCCGCCGAGGACAGCGAUAGCCCACAUGCCACCGCCGCCGAGGACAAGGACAAGAGGAGGACUAAGAAGUCGAAAACCAGCAAUAUCAUCAAGAUGCUCGGCGACCUUGGCGUGUACACGCGAGGAAUCAAGUUUAUGGAUUUCGCUGCGCACGACGCCAACACUUUCAACCAUGUAAUAUCCUUCAACGAGCGCGUGUUUGAUAGGCUCACCAGACCCGGCGCACGCGAGAAACAACUUCUUGAGGAGCACAACAUGCGAUGCCUCAUGCGAGUCUACCCCGGAGGUUUCCGGAUCAAUUCCUCCAACUUCGAUCCGCUAAGGUUCUGGCGACGUGGCGUCCAGAUGUGUGCGCUGAAUUGGCAAACAUACGAUCUCGGGCAGCAACUGAACGAGGCCAUGUUUGCCGGUGGCGACGAUCGCACCGGCUAUGUGCUCAAGCCCGCAGAGUUGCGUCUGGAAGAUCAGGUGCCGGUGGUCGGCCACAGGAGGGCACCGAAGAAGGAAGUCAGAUUCACGGUUCAGAUCAUCUCCGCCCAACAGCUUCCUAGACCUAGAGGGCUUCCUGCCGAAGCUAACAUCAGCCCCUACAUUGAGUUUGAAAUGCACUGCGCCGAAGACAUGGGACCCAACGCAACUGGGGUCGGCGGCCAGGAUGCUUCGGCCCGCGACGGGCUCUCUGGCAUUGGCAGUCCGCUUAAGAAAAGGACUCGCAUCGUCGAAGGCAACGGAUAUAACCCGGAGUUCAAAGAUGAGAUCGAAAUGAAAGUCACGACAAGAUACCCUGACCUCGUCUUUGUGCGUUGGACCGUCUGGAACACGCUCGAUGGGAAGCUGACCGACAAUGCACCUUUGGCUUCCUUCACCGCGAAGCUCAGCAGCAUUCAGCAGGGUUACCGCCAUCUUCCCCUAUUCGACGCCAAUGGCGAGCAAUACCUAUUCUCCCGGCUGUUCUGCAAGAUCAAAAAGCAGGAUGUGGUGGAUGCACGUCCCGGACCGCUCCCGCUUGCCGGCUCCCGCACGCCUUCCAUGGAGCCUAUCAGUCCCCUGCAAGAGCCCUCCAACACGAAGUCGAGUGGUAGCUUCAUCAAGCGUUUGAUCCGAGCCCCCAGCGAGCGCAAGCGGCGGAAGGAGGAACGCACCAACAGCGAAUCCAGAGAGUCGGACCUCGAUCUCAUUAGUCGCAGCAGCACUUUCGAACGAUAGCGUUACUCUGUGAAUGUACCCGACGCACCCUGCCUCCAGCUGACGACGGACAAACGCUAUCCCUUGCAACCCUAUCACGUCACUAGAGCAGGGACCAGCCGUGUUGUAUCAUACAUUUUUCAUUUGUCCAUGGUUUCUGUCUGGCGUUUUCAGCGUAUUAUCGGGUCGCCGUCGCACUUGGAUCAUGCCAUGCCGCGGGGCGAUGCGGGAACGGGCAGCUCGAUCCGCAUACCCUGUUGGGAUAAAACACACACGACGACGACGCUGCGAGC